UUUAUUUUUUAAAAAUGCAACUUCUUAUCAUCUUUUAGCUUUCGAAUUAUUAAUUCCUGUAGUAAAUGACUGUGUUUCUAACUGGUUAAGUCAUUUCUAUUGAUCAUUUUGUUGUUCGCAGCACUUGAGUGAUAACAUUCCGUCAACAAGUUUAUCACCUUGCAGCAGAGAUAUAAACGUACGCCAAAUUGAGCAGUCUGUCGACCCCGCCUCUUCUACACACAGAACAAUCUGGGCUAUUUGUAAAAGAACAACUUAUUAUUGUUGAAGGAUUCUUCAAAUUAAAUUCGGAAGGCGUGGGUCAGUGGAAUUCCAAAUUCUUGGAUAACUUUAAAAGGAUAUUAUAAUCAUGGACUUUUAACAGAGAUCAUGGAGAUAAAGGCUAUGCUGAUCGGCUUCAUCUUGGCAAUUAUUGCUUUCGUAUUCCAUCUAAUCGGGUUUGCUUCACCCUUCUGGGUUAAUGCAGAUAUCCUUUCACAUUCCAUACACUAUGGUCUUUGGAAAGUUUGUGGUGUAUUAACUAGUGGCUGUUUGGAUAUUACAAAUCCACCAGAUUGGCUCAAAGCCUCACAAGCGUUUGCCAUCCUUGCCUUUAUUUGCUUUCUAGCCGCUGUUGUGUGCUCUGCUCUGAAACUGUUUGUUCUAAAAGACAAAAAGAUAAUCUUAUUUGCUACUAUAGGCGCAGUGUUUGUGGGAGCGUUCUGUGUCCUUCUCUCAAUUGCUAUAUACGCUGGAAAGAAGGAUAAUUUAACUGGUGGAUCCAGUCUUUUCAACUUUCACUUUGCCUUUGCGUUUUGCAUUAUUGGCAUGCUGGUAGCUAUAGCCUCAGGAAUAUGUUUUAUUCUGGAAUUGAAGAAUUCAUAAACAGUUGCUGUCAGUGUUAUCUUAUAACAAUUGUAGAAUUUUGAAUUAGGAUUUGAAAUUGGUCUGCCGUUUUCCUUUUUGACUGCUUCGUAUUUUGUAUUGUACGAGUGUUUGAACCUUUUAGGAAAAAUACAUGAAACAGAACAGGGAUAUCAAGAAUUGUAAGAAUCUACAAUCUAUCUGUACAUCAAUAAUUAACAAAAGAAAUAUAAGUUUUUACAUAAAAUAUUUCAGCAUUUCAAUUCAUUUGUUUCCCUUUAUAAUGACAUGCAUUUUUACCUUGUAACAUUUGGGAAAAUAAAAAAAAUAUAUAGCUCUUCA